CGAAGGUAUCCAUCUGGUCUGGACUUUCACUGAUCCACCACUACGCAUAGUAUUACCUCUACUGCCUCUACAUGUCUAAGAACUUGCCCCAAUAGUCGGAAUACCAUUAUUCAUCUUUCAUACCAGCGAGUAGUCCGUACAUCUUUGUUCAGUCUACUCUUACAUCACCAACAAGUCUCACCACCGUUGACUCAAUCUUACGAAUUGCCACAUACACCCCUCCGAUUCUCACAUAGUCGCUCGCCCACCAUGCCCCCUCGAACCCGCAAAUCCAAACCCACCGGCCCAACUUCACAUGCGCAAUCUCGAUUAUCAUUCAACCAAAACUCCGCCCGCGUCACCAAGGCCAACAGACAAGAUGAUUCAAAGUCACGGAAAGCCAGCUCCAAGUUGUCAGCUCCCGCGCAAGCGAUCAUCGAUGAUGAAGUCGCUGGCGACGUAGAGAUUAUACAACCCACCGACCAGGAAGAGGAGGUACAGGAGACGACUCUUCUAGAACCUGAAGUUGAACCAGCAGAGGAAAAAAUCGAUGUCGCAAUCAGAGAAACGCCGAAGAAGAAAACGAAACCCAUUACCAAAGUGCCAGUCAAGGAUGAACGAGAGGCUCUGGCAGAAAAAGUCACGGAUGCUCAGAUCAAAAAGUACUGGAAAGCAGAAGAGGAUGGACGGUUGGCUCCUCGAGUCCACCAAUCCCACCUUUCAAUGCACGAGAAGAUCCUUCGCCAUUUCGACCUGUCAUCCCAAUACGGCCCAUGUAUUGGAACCCCGCGCCUACAGCGCUGGAAACGAGCCAAUUUAUUAGGUCUAGAACCACCCGUUGAAGUCCUGGCGGUGCUUCUUCGUGAGGAGGAUAAGUCGACGAGUCAGGGGUGUGGAAAGAUUGCAUAUAUCGAUGAGUUGGGCGGAGGGAAGGCGAUUUUAGUGGAGUGAUGAUGACGACUAGGUGUUGAUCUUGUCGUCGAGUCUGCAUUGACUGUGGCUCGUGGUCUUGCUGAAUGAAUACAUGAAAGAGAGAGUAAGCAAAAUCAUAUGGAUCAAAGAAAUCAAGAGCGCCAUUCAUCAGGGUUCACACAUGUUAUAUUAGUUACUUUGCUAGGUUGAGCGAGCACCUGAUCUAAGUCGAGCUUAAUGUCAGUUAGGAAAGAACAUUGAAUUGAUGUCAUCAAACAUGUCCUGACAUAAUUCAACGACAGACUCUGAUCAUCAUCUG